AUGUGGUCUCGGGCACUCCGCCCCAUCCGUACAAGCGUGCACCGCACAGUGCUCUUUUCGCGGCGCUACAAUGGCCAGCCAGGACCGCACACGACCUACUUCCAGCCACCACCGCAAAAGCCGCCCAGGAGAAUAUUCAGAGCCGUGUUCUUUGGCACGACAUGUUUUGUCGCUGGCGCCAUCGGUUCCGCCUGGGCUUUGGAUCCCGAGGAGCUGGAAGCGAUGGGUCUAGUGACGGAAGGGGGUGCAAUGGAGGACGAUCUUGUCAUGGCGAUGCAAGCUGGCGCGAGAGAUCUGGCGGCGAAGAAUGUUCCCAUCCAUGAUCUUGCGAGGGCCCAGGCGGUGCUGGAAUCCGGAUCCGGCUAUUCCAUCACUCCGUAUGCCGUGGGUCACCAUUGCCAGCUGCCUUCGAACAUGCCGUGCGAGGAUGUGAUGAGCAGCGGCGUCUAUCACUUGUUCCAAGAUCCCAAACGCGACUGGUGCAACUGGAGUAUUCUCGAUGGCCACGCUGGGCCGAAAACCGCACAUAUGCUUCAGGACAACUUGCCGAUCGUCGUUGGGAUGGAGCUGUGGAACGCGAAGUGCAUGGACCGGCCUUAUGUUCCGGAAGAUUUUACGAUCAUUCGCGCUUUUAAGAAAGCGUUUCAGAACCUCGAUGAGUCCAUCUUGCGGGACGCUGCGCAGUGUCUUCACUCCGGGGAGAAGGAUCUGGCGCAUUCGAUUGCCCUCACUGCGGCUGCGAUGUCUGGAUCGUGUGCGCUGCUGGCGCUGUUUGAUCCGCAGAGGUCGGUGUUGCGGGUGGCCAACGUUGGUGACUCAAGGGCUGUACUAGGACGGUGGGACGACAAGGAAGGCAAGUAUGUGGCGCAGGCGAUGUCCGAAGAUCAGACUGGCUUCAACGAAGACGAAGUGGAGCGGAUACGGAGAGAGCAUCCCGACGAGGAUGUGGUGGAUCCAAAGACUGGGCGUGUGCAUGGUAUUGCUGUCUCGCGAGCUUUCGGCGAUGCGAGAUGGAAGUGGUCGAGUGACUUGGCUAGGACUGUGUACGAGAAGUUCUGGGGACCAACACCACGACCGAAUGGCAUGAUCAAGACGCCACCGUACCUUACCGCUGAGCCGGAGAUUAUGGAAACGCAGGUGCAAAGCGGAGACCACCCCGAUUUCCUCAUCAUGGCGUCCGACGGCUUCUGGGACAACAUGUCGUCCGAAGACGCCGUGGUCUGCGUGCAACAGUGGCUGGACAAGUAUAACCCGACUAGGUUCAUCGACCUCAAAGGACAAGGCGGGGAACAACAUGGUGAUCUCGAAGACAAACUCCAAGCACGCUCCAUGCAGGAUUACAAACCGGACUUCACCAACGACCCGAGCGAACCUGAUGAAACGUGGUGGGAUGAAGGCGAGCGAGCGAUGAAGUGGCGGGUCAGUCCGAAGCACUUUAUUGUAGAAGACGAGCUGCAUUGCGGAAUCCAUCUUGUGAAGAACGCGCUUGGUGGGAAGAGGAGAAACCUCUUUCGAGGACUCAUGAGCAUCCAGCCGCCGAACUCGAGGAAGGUGAGGGAUGACAUUUCGGUGCAGGUCGUCUUCUUCGGGCAGGAUAUCAAAGAUGGGAUGGGGUUGUACUAA